AUGUUACCUCGUUCACUCAAAUUAAUCAAAAAAGUUGGAGAAUCAAAUGGAUUAAGAAAUUUUGGGUCACAAUCAAAUUCAUAUACUCUUCCAGAUUUACCAUAUGAUUAUGGUGCUCUUUCACCAGUCAUCAGUCCAGAAAUUAUGACUCUUCAUCAUAAGAAACAUCAUCAAACUUAUGUAAAUAAUCUUAAUAUCGCUUUAGAUAAAUUAUCUUCUGCUUCUUCAGCAAAAGAUGUUGCUCAAAUGAUUGCUCUCCAAAGUGCAAUUAAAUUCAAUGGUGGUGGUCACGUAAAUCACUCUAUCUUUUGGACUAAUUUAGCACCAAAAAAUCAAGAUGGUGGUGUUGCACCAAGUGGUCCAUUGGCUGAUGCUAUUAAUAAACAAUAUGGAUCAAUUGAAAAAUUAAUUGAAAAAAUGUCAGCUGAAACUACUGCAAUUCAAGGUUCUGGUUGGGGUUGGUUAGGUUAUGAUAAAGCCAAUGAUCGUCUCGUUAUUCAAACUCAACAAAACCAAGAUCCACUUUCAGUUUCUGGUUAUGUUCCUUUAUUAGGUAUUGAUGUUUGGGAACAUGCUUAUUAUCUUGAUUAUAAAAAUGUUAGAGCAGACUAUGUUAAAAACAUUUGGCAAAUUGUUAAUUGGAAGAAUGUUGCUGAAAGAUAUAACACUGCCAAAAAAUAA